UCUGCCUGUCUCUCUAUUGCUAGAAAAUAAUUGAUGGAUGUAACAGCAGCUAUGGAGAAACAACUAUCUUUAACAUAUAUGGAAGAUGAACAUUACAGAAAAGCUUUGAAGAACAAAACUUCAUGUUUGAAUGUUAAGAAGAAAGAAGAAGAAGAAAAGAGGAAGAAGGCUGCCUCAGUGUUGAAAAUGAAAGCAGUAGAUGUGAAUAUUGUGACAGUUGCAGUUCAGUUGAGAGUGAAAGUGAAGAUGGCAGCAAUGCCACCUUUAAUGCAAGUUCAAGCAUUUCGUUCUGCCAGGCAAACUCUCAAUGCCAUGGAUAUAAAGAAAGAUAAGUCUAGUUGCUUUACACUUGCCUUUGCUCUCAAGCAGGAGUUUGAUGAAUGCUAUGGGCCUGCGUGGCACUGCAUUGUAGGAAGGAGCUUUGGGUCCUUUGUUACACACUCUUUUGGAGGCUUCUUGUAUUUCUCUCUGGAUAAGUUAUCAAUCCUCCUUUUUAAGACCGCACUUCAACUGGCACAAUGAUCAAUAUAAGAUUUUGUAAGAUGUAUUCUUCAAACUGUUACAUUUUGCUGGUCAUAUGAAAGCGUGGCCAUUAAGUUGCUUCUAAUUGUCAUUUGGAUUUCUUACGUGAAAAACUAGUUUUUCCAAAAGUUGGUGACCACAUCAUCGGGUUAUACCAAAACUUGAAA